AUGGGUGAAGCUUUCCAGAACCUGGACAUUCCUGGAGUGGAAUACGGAUUAAUGUUUGGAAAGCCCUCCGAGAUGCUGCUGCUGCGCAUUCCAGCCGCCGCCCUGCGUGUGCAGUGGUUCCUUCUGGUCACCCUCGCCUUGGUCACCCUCACAGAAGCAAAUCGGGCGGGCAGCCACCACCACCACCACAGCCGCCGCCACUGCUUCAGCCCCGAGGACCUGAAGGACGGGGAGCUGCCCAGGCUGCUGCGGAGCCGGACGGCCCGGUGGGACCGGCACAGCUCCCUGCAGCUGGUGCCGCACCUGGAGAGUGAGCAGGCCUCGCCGCGGAGGCAGCGGCGGCAGCCCAGCCAGGGCUGCCCCGACCUGAAGCUGCAGGACAUCCUGAACAAGGAGGUCAAUGAGCGCUCCAUCUCGCCCUGGAGAUACCGCAUCGACGAGGACGAGAACCGGUACCCACGCAAGCUGGCCUUCGCCGAGUGCCUUUGCGAAGGGUGCGUUGACGUCAAAACCGGCCGAGAGACCACCUCGCUCAACUCCGUGCCCAUCAUCCAGAGCAUGAUGGUGCUGCAGCGUAAGCCGUGCCAGCACAACGGAGAGGCCGCCGGCUUCACUUUCGAGGUGCAGUACCUGGACGUGCCAGUGGCCUGCGCCUGCGUCCUGCCCCGGUCCAGCAGCUGA